AAUACAGAAAUUGAGUCAAACGCUGUGAUGGAAGAUCAAACUGUGGCUCGACAUCCUCCAAAAGGGACUUAUUCUUCUUCUCUAUCAAAGAAGAAAGAAGUUACAGGAACUAGGCAGCAAAAGCUCUGCUUCUCUAAUUAGCUCAGAUAUGGAACCUCUAGUGCAGGAAAUCACAGAUGUAUCAAGCAAAAAACAGCGACAGCCUGAACCUGAUAUCUCUAUUCGUCGACAAGAUGUUCCCGGGACUUCUGAUAAGCCUGUAACAGCCACUCUUUUUCACCCAACCAAGACAGAGGAGGUUGAUACAUCAAAAACGGAGGUGAGAAGCAGCCUCUUGCGUAGUAUGUCAACAGGCCCUGAAACCACUGAUGAAUCAAAGACCAGAGUAACUUCGAGGGAGGUCGGGAAAUUAACCCGUUCCACUUCACUCGGAUCUCAUUUGCUAGCUCGAACAAAUUUCGUAUCAGAAACCAUCAGAGAGGAGACUGACGAAAAUUCGACAGUGGGUCAGCGAUCGCCCAAAGAAAGAUCGGAUGACCAUGAGAGGACACUUAACGAUCUUGAUACAAAGUUCUGGAUCACUCAUCAACGUCCUUAAGAGCACGUCUGCGGUCUCGGACAAGUUUCUUGUCAAGGACAUUAAGUGGAGAAGAGGACUCUAUCACGCAUCAACAACUAGGUAAAGAUAUGGCUGAUGGCUCUGAAGAGGUAUCGCUUUUGCUUAAUCCAAAUUCGAAACUGACAAAAUUACGUUUAGAAAUGAGUAAAUCAGAGAAUGAGGGUAAAAUCUCAUCCACUGACGAGAGAAAUAGCUUAAGCUAUUCGGCUGGAGAGGGAACGACAGCUGAAGGUCAACAAGAAGGUUCCAUCACCCAGUCGCAUGAAAAUCUAAUGCGAAUCAAUAGUCAGAGAGCUAGUGCAACUGAAAGUGUUGACUCAGCGUGCUUCGGCUGGAUCUUCAUAUCCUCUUGACUUAAAGACGUGCUUGCCUACUUCUCCUCCCCCGAUCAUUGAUAAUGUGUCGGCCAGCACCAGCACAACUCUCGCAAAAGCAGUCGAGAUACGACAGGUCAAGUCUGACCACCGGCCACGAGAUAAAUAUGUAAAGUCGUACGGAAGUGGCUUGAGCAACAGUUCAAGUACCGCGUCGAAUACUUCAGAGUUGGUAACAACAACUU